UAGCCUACUUGAAGCAUCCGGGAACCUCGCCAUAGUAGUAGACAUGGCGGGUAUCAACCUGGCUAAAUGACGAAAUAAAUUUUGUUUGCUAAUAUAAGAACGUGUUAAUUUCAUAGUAAAAGUGUUGAUACUGAAAGACUAAUUAAGUUGUAUUGGAUUAGGACAAAAAUGCAGAAUGUCGGACAGUCUGAAAACCGAAAUAUCGAUAAGGUGAAUGUGCAACUUGAUGUGGUAAAAUCAUCCACUCCUCAAAGUUCGGCUUCAAGUCCAGCCAAAUCUGAAACCGAAACGUAUUCUGGAGUGCCUGCCAAAUACAUGACGGACUCUUCGGAAAGCGAGGAUGAUUCUGUAUCCGAGAUCUUGCUGGCUUGUUUGUGCCUAAGCAGGCCAGACCUGUUGCAGGAGAUGGAAGAGGAAGCCGGUGCUGCGGAGUCGUCUAAGUUCCUACUCUCCCAUGAUGACCCCGAAAGAGCAGUUGAUCCAGAGAUGCAGGCUCGGCUUGAAACACUUCUAGAAGUAGCUGGCAUCGGCAAGUUGUCGGGCGAGGGCAAGCACCUCGCGGAUCCAGAGGUGCUGCGGCGGUUGACGUCGUCUGUGUCUUGCGCGCUGGACGAGGCGGCGGCCGCGCUGACGCGCAUGCGCAGCGACCAGCCCCCCGCGCACCACCGUCACCACCACCAGGACAAACCUACACAAUGCUCGCUGAAUCUGAACGGCGGCGUGGUGGUGACGGGCGUAGGUGUGGGCGCAGACGGCGCGCCCUCGCUGGCGGAGGCGUGCUCCGAUGGCGACGUAGGCACCGUGCGCAAGCUGCUAACCGAGGGCCGGUCCGUUCACGAGACCACGGAGGAGGGCGAGUCUCUCCUCUCUCUUGCCUGUUCAGCGGGCUACUACGAACUAGCUCAGGUGUUGCUCGCUAUGCACGCCAGCGUCGAGGACCGCGGCAUUAAGGGCGAUUGUACGCCCCUGAUGGAGGCUGCGAGCGCGGGGCACGUGGACAUAGUGCGGCUGCUGGUGGCGCACGGCGCGGACGUGAACGCGGUGUCGGGCUCCGGCAACACGCCGCUCAUGUACGCCUGCGCCGGCGGACACGAGGACUGCGUGCGCGCGCUCCUCGACAAUGGCGCUAAUGUCGAGGACCACAAUGAGAACGGACACACGCCGCUCAUGGAGGCGGCGUCUGCCGGUCAUGUGGGCGUGGCUAAGAUCCUCCUGGAGCACGGUGCGGGCAUCAACACGCACUCUAACGAGUUCAAGGAGUCCGCGCUAACGCUGGCCUGUUACAAGGGCCACCUCGAUAUGGUGCGCUUCCUGCUGGCAGCCGGCGCUGACCGCGAGCACAAGACAGAUGAGAUGCACACAGCCCUCAUGGAGGCCAGCAUGGAUGGUCAUGUCGAAGUCGCUCGUCUGCUGCUCGAUUCAGGCGCACAGGUGAAUAUGCCGACGGACAGCUUCGAGUCGCCGCUGACGUUGGCGGCGUGUGGCGGACACGUGGAGCUGGCCAUGCUGCUGCUGGAGCGCGGCGCCAACAUCGAGGAGGUCAACGACGAGGGCUACACACCCCUUAUGGAGGCCGCCAGGGAAGGUCACGAGGAGAUGGUGGCGCUGCUGCUGGGUCAGGGCGCGGCGAUCAACGCGCAGACGGACGAGACGCAGGAGACGGCGCUGACGCUUGCCUGCUGCGGCGGCUUCCUAGAGGUAGCGGACUUCCUCAUCAAGGCGGGCGCGGACGCAGAGCUCGGCGCCUCCACGCCGCUCAUGGAGGCCUCGCAGGAGGGGCACCUUGAGCUCGUGAGGUAUCUGCUGAACGCGGGUGCGGAUGUGCACGCGCAGACGCAGACGGGCGACACGGCGCUGACGUACGCGUGCGAGAACGGACACACGGACGUGGCGGAUGUGUUGCUGCGCGCCGGCGCCGAGCUCGAGCACGAGAGCGAGGGAGGACGCACCCCGCUCAUGAAGGCCUGCCGCGCCGGCCACGUCUGCACCGUGCAGUUCCUCGUCGGCAAGGGUGCGGACGUGAACCGCAUGACGGCGAACGGCGAUCACACGCCGUUGUCUCUUGCGUGCGCGGGCGGGCACGCGGACGUGGUCAAGUUCCUGCUGGCGUGCGACGCCGACCCCUUCCGCAAGCUCAAGGACAACUCCACCACGCUCAUCGAGGCCGCCAAGGGCGGGCACACCGCCGUCGUGCAGCUGCUGCUCGACUACCCCCACUCCGUCAUGUUGCCCAGAGGUAACCCAGCGAUAGAGGAUGGUAUGGGGUUGAGCAGCGCGCAGGCGGCGGCCCUGGGACUGUCGCACGCGCCGGCUCCGGGCGCACCGGCUCAGCGUGCGCUGCUGCCGGCCGCGCACACGCACACCCAUACCCACUCCCACGCCCACGCCCACGCCAUCCCCGCCAUCUCCGCCCCCGCGCCUGGCCCACCGCCUUCCCCCGCGCCCGCGCCAGUUGCGCUUCCUGCACCGGCCCCGGCGCCCGCGCCCACGCCCGCGCCUACCUCCCUCGCAGCCUUCACCCCCACCCCCGCCACGCCGCCCGCGCAAGCCAAGACUCAGACACCCCUCCCGGCACAUGCCCCCGACCUCUCGGCCAACUUUGCUAAAGUUUACCUCGAUGGUCGUAAAAAGCAAGGAGGCAACGGAAACGGCGCGGCGGCGGCGGGCUUCGACGAGGACGCGCAGGCGGACAGAGCGUUCUAUGCGGGCAUGAUGGCCGCCUUGUGUGUCCCGCACAUCCCCACCCCGGCACCGGCGCCCACGCCCACGCCGACGCCUGCGCCCACCGCUGUGGCCACACCAACCGCCACGCCCACGGCUACGCCCCCCGCCGGCAAGCAUAAGUGCCCGCGCAAGCAGCGCGUCGCCCCACCCCACUCUGACCACCAUCUGCCGCCCCCACCUGAUAUACUCGAAGAACAGCGAACCGAAGUGCUUACGGGUCAACCUCGAAACACCUCACUGCCUGACUCGGAGAGAAACAUGCUCGAAGUAGCUGAUCCCUCUGGUCCGCCGACGCUCGCCACGUCGGCGCUCCACGCACUGGACAUUCAGUUCUGCGCUCAAGGUGUUACGACAAUUCAUCCCCCCGCCACUCCACCGUAUCCCCCUCCGCAACAUCUGUUCCCAGUGCAGCAACUAGCCACCAACCUCAACCAGCACCAACUCGAAGAGUUGCGGCAGCAGCUGUUGCAAAUCCAGCAUAAGCAACAAGAGGAGCAGCAGCAGCAACAGCACCUGCAACAACAACAGCAGCAUCUGCAACAACAGCAGCUCCAGCAGCAGCAGCAGUUGGCGCACCAGCAGCAGUUGCACCAACAACAACACCUGCAACAGCAACAGCACAUGCAGCAACAGCAACAGUUGCAACAACAUCAGCAGAUGCAACAACACCAGCAACAGCAGUUGCAGCAACAACAACUGCAGCAGCAACAGCAGCUGCAACAUCACCAGUUACAGCACCAACAAAAGAAACAACAACAACACCAGCAACAACAGCAGCAAUUUACUCAAGAACAGCAAAGACCUGAACACUAUCUACCACAGCAGCAGACGCAGCAGCAAGUGGGCGAAGCUGGUGGCGGAUGCGUGGAGGCGCGUGAGCUGAGCGCCGUGCUGCAGUACCUGCAGCGAGAGGUGCCCUCCCUCGUCGCCUUGCCGCCGCACGAACUGCGCUCACUCGUGCUGCAGGUAAUGCAGCAGAAGUCCCACGAAAUCCUGGCAAAUAAAUGCGUCGCGGAGCCAUGCACGGAAGUGUCGGAGACCGGAACCGAGAGGCCUACCGACUGCCAGCUCCACGCCGCCGAGAGCGCAGAUGACCCCGAAUGGGCCCCGCGACACGAUCGACAAGAACCGCAGCAGCAACAGCAGCAGGCCCAACAACAGCUGCAGCCAAAACAAAAACUGCAGCAACAGAAACAACAACAACUACAGCAACAACAACAUUUGCAGCAACAACAGCAACAGCACCACCAGCAACUGCAGCAACUGCAUCAGCAGCAGCAGCUGCAACAUCAGCAACAGCUACAACAUCAUCUGCAGCAACAGUUCCAGCAGCAUCAACAUCAACAUCAGCAUCAGCAUCAACAUCAACAUCUGCAUCAACAUCAUCGUCAUCACCACCACCAUGCCGAUAUGACGCAAGUGAACACCGGGUGUCAGUACCGGGUGAGGCCGCCUUCGCCCGCUGGCGGUGCGGUUGGCGCUAUGGGCGCGGCGGGAGUGCCGGCGGGUGUUGAGGACGCCGCCCACCACGACCUGCAGCCCUACUUUGCGCUGCCACCCACCACCAACUUGCCAUAUGAAGACCACAGGUCGUUCGCAAACGCCAAUGCAAAUGCGGGCGUUGUAGGCGCGGGGGCCGUGGCUGGUGCUGCGGGGGGUGUGGUGGCGGUGCCGGCCGCGCAGCAGCACGCCAAACGCGAUGCCCCUCCGCACCACCCCAACAACGCCGUUGCUAUCAAGAAGAAGGGUCGUCUGAGCGGCGUGCGUGGUUCGCGGGCGGACUCAUUCGGCGGCGGUGCCGGGGCGGGCACGGUGGCGACCGCACAGCCCGCGCCCGUCGCCUACUCCGCCAUGGACGUGGACGGCGAGACUGACUCCAACCACGACACGGCGCUCACCCUCGCCUGCGCCGGUGGACACGAGGACCUCGUCGAGCUGCUGCUGGCGCGCGGCGCAGACAUCGAACAUCGGGACAAGAAGGGCUUCACACCUCUAAUCCUGGCGGCGACGGCGGGACAUGAGAAGAUCGUUGAAGUGCUGCUGAACCACGGCGCGGACAUCGAGGCGCAGUCGGAGCGCACGAAGGACACGCCGCUGUCGCUGGCCUGCAGCGGCGGCCGCUAUGAGGUGGUGGAGCUGAUCCUCAGCCGCGGCGCCAACAAGGAGCAUCGCAACGUGUCCGACUACACGCCGCUCUCUCUCGCUGCGUCCGGAGGAUACGUCAACAUCAUACGACUGCUGCUGCACCACCAGGCUGAGAUAAACUCCCGCACGGGGUCGAAGCUGGGCAUUUCUCCGCUGAUGCUGGCUGCGAUGAACGGGCACACGGCGGCCGUGCGGCUGCUGCUCGACUGCGGCUCAGACAUCAACGCUCAGAUCGAGACCAACCGCAACACUGCGCUCACACUAGCCUGCUUCCAAGGUCGUCAUGAAGUGGUGAGCCUGCUGCUGGACCGCAAGGCGAAUGUGGAGCAUCGUGCUAAGACGGGUCUCACACCUCUCAUGGAGGCGGCGAGCGGUGGCUACGUAGAAGUGGGCCGAGUUCUUCUCGACAAGGGAGCUGAUGUGAACGCCCCACCUGUGCCCUCCUCGCGUGACACCGCACUAACCAUCGCAGCGGACAAGGGGCACACCAAGUUCGUUGAGCUGCUGCUGCAGAGACGGGCGGCGGUGGAGGUGAAGAACAAGAAGGGCAACUCUCCACUAUGGCUGGCAGCCAACGGUGGUCACCUCGCUGUUGUCGAAAUGUUGUAUGCAGCAGGCGCGGAUAUCGACUCGCAGGACAAUAGAAAGGUAUCAUGCCUGAUGGCCGCUUUCCGUAAGGGCCACACCAAAGUAGUGAAAUGGAUGGUAGGAGUUGUCACGCAGUUCCCCUCCGAUCAAGAAAUGACCAGGUACAUCUGCACCAUCUCAGACAAGGAGGUGCUGGAGAAGUGCCAGGAGUGUGUGCGAGUGAUCCGUGCGGCGAAGGAGACUCAGGCGGCGCGCGCCAACCAGAACGCCACCAUCCUGCUGGAGGAACUGGAUGCGGAACGUUGUCGCGAGGAGAGCCGUCGUCUUGCUGCUGCACGCCGCAGGGAGCGCAAGAAGAAGAAGAAGAUGGAGAAAAAGGAGGAGAGACGAAAGCUGCAGGAGGAGAAUGACAAGAACUCGUUGUACUGCGACAAGGCGCUCGGUGAGUGCUCUGAGGGCGGAGAACCUGAUGAUGAGCCCGCCACCAAGGAAGAAGGCGACUCCGGCAUUGACGCCAACUCACAGGGUUCCUGUUCGUCAUCAGACGUGAAGGCUCCUCCCGCGCCAAGUAACAAGACAAAGAAAAAGAAGAAGGAGGACAAGACUGCACCCCCACCGGCCGCUCCCCCCGCACCUCCCAACAAGAAACAACCAGAUAAAGCCAAAAUCAAGUUAGAGACGAAAGUGGAGAAAGAGAGCGUUGGUAAGACGGACAAGAAGCAAGAGAAGGAGAACGUGGCGCCCAGCUCCCCGCCCGCCACUCCAGCCAAACCCGCGCCUCGCACUGAGCGCAAGGAAAAAAAACCCGAAGAGGAUGUACCUAAGAGUAUAACUGUACAGAAUGUUACCAAAUUCGGCAAUAGCUCGAGAAAGAGCCAAGUGUUUGAAUCGACAAGACUUAAUGUGGACAAGGAUGAUAUUGAUUCUAUAGACAAAAAUAAAAAAAUAAACCAUCAAUGGGAGAUGGAGGGCAAGAGUACGUCUCCGAAGGGCGGGUGUGUGGGCGGGCGGCGAGAGGAGGGCUGGAAGGAGGUGGUGCGCAAGUCCAGUGUACAGACACUCUCCGCCGUAGAGCCCGGGUGCAAGAAGGUGUCGGUGGGUUCACAUGCGAUUUCUCGCGUGAUAGGACGCGCCGGCAGUAACAUUAACGCCAUCCGCUCAGCCACCGGCGCUCACAUUGAGGUCGACAAGCAGGGCAAGGGUCAGGGCGAGCGCAUCAUCACCAUCAAGGGUUCAGCGGAAGCUACAAAGCAAGCGGCGAGUCUGAUCGCGGCCAUGAUCCGCGACCCCGAGGCCGACAUCGCGCAGCUACUGCCGAGAGCCAAGCUCCCUGCACCUCCUCCACAGCCACCGCAGCCAAAGCCGGCAAAACAACCGCCACCAAAGGCGGGCGCAGUGAGCAGCACCAGCGGCCCGAGCGGCGCCGCCAGCCGCGCCACGCCCACCUCGCGCGCACCAACCAAGCAGCAUGCCGCAGCACGCCCCGCCCCUCCCCGUCUUAACCCACACCCUAUCCCAGUGACCGAGAAACGGGCUGUGGUGUCGAGUGCGAGCGGCAUACCGAGCAUGCCCACAACGAGCAAUACCGCCGUGGCUAGCUCGGCUAGCGCAGUCAGCAAGCCCGGCGCCCUCUCAUACACGGGGGCUAUUGUAGGUGCACGCGGACAUACGUUCGCAGCAAAGGUGGCGCCUGCUACCGCGCCUGUUGGUGUACCACCCCCAGACAACAAACCACAUACACAGACUGCGACGGCAGCGAAUAGCCCCGGCAGCAGCGUAGCGCCGCUUGGGUCCCCGCUGAAGGCGCGCGAGUCUCCGCCAGCGCCCACAGCUGGUAAAGGUGAAGAGGCCACGCACAGCCCUGAUGGUAGCUGGCCGCAACCCACCCCCGAUGACCCGCCCACCUCAGCCGCUCUGCACAUUAACACCACGCCGCAGAUAAUGAUAAAUGUAUUGCAGUCGAGCGGUGGAGGUGGUGGUGGUGGCGCGCCGGAGUACUCCCUGUUCAAGGACUUAUCGAUCGCGGCUGGCGGCAGCAUGUGGGGCGCUGGAGACGCGCACCACACUGUAGAACCUCUACCGCCACAGACUAUGUCGUGUCCGGUGGACGCGAGCAAGGCACCUGGAUACCGCGGAGGUGCGGGCGGAUGUUCACCAUGCUCUCGUGCCUCCUCGCACGGCUCCACACCACCGCCGGCGUACGCACCGCCCGCGGCCCCGCCCACUCCAGCGUACCACGCCCCAAUGCCUAUAGGCCCGCCGCCGCACCAGCACCAGCACCAACAGCAGCAUCAACAACACCAGCAGCAUCAACAGCACCAGCAGCUGCCGCCGGCAUCGCUGGGCAAUACUGUGAAUGCGAUGGAUUUGAGCGGCUUAUCUCGCAACGGACCUAUCUACCAACAAGACAACUCAAGAAAUGGACAUAACAUGAUGCCGGUGUCGAUGUCGGGUAACGUGGGCGGCGUGGGCAACGUGGGCAGCGUGGGCAUGAGCGGCGCGUCUAUGGGGCUGGGCUACGUGGGCGUUGAGGGCGUGUCUCGCCUCAAUCCCCGCGCUCCAGACUUUGCCCAGCGCCACCCGCUGCUGCAGCACAAACAUGCCGCACAGCAGCUGUUCGCGGGCGGCAACAACGCGGGUAACUUGAGCACGCUGCUGAUGUCGUACCAGCAGCCAGCGCCGAAAGCCGCGCAGCACACCCCGCAUGCACCGCACACCCCUCAGCCACACCACCCCUACCAGUCGCUGCUGGAGCGUGGAGUGGGCGUGGGCGUGGGAUCGGGCGGCGGCGGGUGGGGCGAGGAGGAGGAGCGCAAGCCCCGCCCCAUCGGCACGGAGCGCGCGUGGAAGCUGACGGCCGGCGAGGACUGGCCGCACGCCGCGCACGCGCACGCGCACCCCGCACAGCAUCACGCGCACCUGCCCGACCACGACAGAUACCAGGGUGUGAGCGGGAUGAGCGGCGUAGGAGUGGGCAUGGGUGGCGUGGGGGGUGUGGGCGGCGUGGGCGUGGGCGCGCACGGGCUGGAGGCGUACGGGGGCGGCGCCGCUGCAGCCGCGCUGUCGCUGAUGCACGCGCUGCCGCUGCACUACCUGCCGGCCGAGCAGCCUCCGCAGCACUGGGACCAGCAGCAGCACCCCCAUCAGCAUCACGCCGCUGAAAAACAGCAAACGUGGAGCAAGUGGACACACUAAGCGACGUUGGCAGCAACCUCGAGGAUUAUAUGUAACUGUAACCCUUGAAUUGGUGUAGAUAUUAGUGAGAAAGAAUUAUAUUAUACAGAUUAUCUAUAUACAUAAUAGAGAAAAUGUCCUAUCGAGAUGAGACCCGUACUGUAACGACCGACUGAAGUGUAAGCUGUACUUGUGCCAGUCGAGGGGGGGCGAGAGGGGGGGAGCGAUGGGGGGAGCCGGCAGGUGUCGCUCGCGCCGCGGCCGCGCGGAAUGUGAUUCCUGCGCCCGCGCAGCUCGCACUCUAUACUAUGUGUUACGUCAUAAUAACAUAUUCAUUUUGGAUGAUACGCAAACUGGCCGAUUAUUAAACGUGUAUUAAUAAAUUUGCUUGUACAUGAAGAUUAAAUAUCAUAUAUUGAUGCACUGUACCUACUGCUGUUUUUAAUACCACCUACUCUAUAUCUCUCUAUAUUCUCCAUG